AUGCGUAGAAAAUGGGUUAUAACAGAGACCAUGUGUAAAGAUAUAAUGAAUGUUUUAAAACAGGGUACUGGUGGAAACACACGUAUUGAUCCACAACAUCGUGCAUGGUUGCAGUACUCGUUUGUGCAAAAAAAUUUUAAAAUAAAAUCAAAAAAAAUAAUAAAAAUAUAAAAGCUCAAAAACAAUUUUAGUACCUAGGGGACGGCGAAGACCAAAACGCCAAAGGCUAUUUGGUCGAACCCCCUUCCUUUACAGUGCCCGGUG